ACACCUUCCACUGCAGGUCUCCCGUUUCCACCUCGUCUCCUCUGCGCGUUUAAAACUCCGCACCGGCGACCUCCUCGAGCUGAGCGGAGCUCGCGUCGCAUGGUCCUGCCACGGCCCCGCCACUGACGUACGGGGCGGGCGAGAGAGAUGUCCGUGGCGGCGUCGGCGCGCGGAGGCGGCGGGGGAGCCGCGAAGGCCGCGCGUGGGGGGCGAUUCUCGGCGGGGCGCGGCGUCUGGGGGAGGCGGCGCGCCGCGGUGGUCCUUUUCCUCGCGCUGGCGUACGCGGCAGCGCUUCUCGUGUUCGUGUUCGGCGGCGGCGGCGGAGGAGGUUCUGCUGGAGGCGGCGCGGGGUUGACGGUGGCGUCGCUGCGGAGGCGGCGGCAUGGCGAGCCCGCGCCCUCGACGCCGCCGCCUCCCGGGUCGGUGUACCGGAGCCACAUCGUGUUCGACCGGCUGUUGCCGGAGAUACGCGACGACGCCGCGCCCUCCGCCUCCGUUUCAACCCCAUCGUCCUGGCGUCGCAGCAUGUUAAUGACAUCACAUCAUCAAAACUCUGGGGAGGUAUGGAUGCCUUGUGUCAACAGGAGGCUGAUUCGAUCAGAGUUGCCGCCUUCAAAUGGGUAUCUCAUAGUUGAAGCAAAUGGCGGUUUGAAUCAACAGCGUCUUUCUAUCUGCGAUGCGGUCGCUGUCGCCAGCUUGCUUAAUGCUACUCUUGUGAUCCCAAUAUUUCAUUUGAAUAGUGUUUGGCGUGAUCCUAGCAAAUUUAGUGAUAUUUUUGACGAAAAUCGUUUUAUCGAGACAGUUGGAAAACAUGUAAGAGUUGUUAAGGAACUGCCAGAAGAUGUUUUGCUUCGCUUCAAUUACAAUAUCAGCAGCAUACCAAAUAUGAGAACCAAAGCCUACUCAUCUCCACAUCACUAUCUGCACAAGGUGCUUCCAAAAUUACUGGAGUUAGGGGCCGUGCGCAUUGCUCCAUUCUCGAAUAGAUUGGCUCAGUCAGUUCCAUCAAAUAUCCAGGCCUUGAGGUGUUUGGUGAACUACCAGGCACUGAGAUUUGCCGAGCCAGUAAGGCUUCUUGCAGAGGAUAUGGUUGUCCGAAUGAUGAAAAAAAGUUCUUCGACUGGUGGCAAAUAUGUCUCGGUGCAUCUUCGAUUUGAAGAGGAUAUGGUAGCUUUUUCAUGCUGUACAUAUGAUGGUGGCUGGAAGGAGAAAAUUGAAAUGGAAAAUGCUCGUGAAAGGAGCUGGAGAGGGAAAUUUCACCGACCUGGUCGAGUUAUCAAUCCUGAGGCAAACAGAAGGGAUGGAAAAUGUCCACUUACUCCUCUAGAGCAGGUUGGUAUGAUGCUGCGUGGCAUGGGAUUUGACCAUUCAACCUUCCUCUAUGUUGCUUCUGGUAAAAUAUACAAUGCUGCAAAAUACAUGGCUCCCCUUCGCCAGAUGUUCCCUCUUUUGGAGACCAAGGAAAGUCUUGCUUUACCCGAAGAACUUGCUGAGUUUGAGGGGUACUCAUCUCGACUAGCAGCAAUAGAUUACACUGUCUGUGUUCAGAGCGAGGUGUUUGUGACGACUCAAGGGGGGAAUUUCCCUCACUUUCUGAUGGGGCACAGGCGCUACCUGUUUGGUGGGAAUGCAAAGACAAUAAAACCUGACAAACGAAAGCUGGUCUUAUCUUUUGAUGAUCCGAAUAUCAGAUGGAGUCAAUUCAAACGCCACAUGCAGGAGAUAUUGCACCACAGUGACAUAAAGAGCAUCGCUUUCAGGAAACCUAACGAUUCCAUAUACACCUUCCCAAUGCCUGAUUGCAUGUGCCAACAAGAUGGAAUAUAAUCUAGCUUAGCAUGCAUACGUGAGGGAUGCAUACCCUCUGCCUUUGUGCAACAGAGGAACGAAAAGCACUGCGUCGUGGAUAGUACUAACAGGAAUUGGCAGCUCAUGAUCAAAGCCGGAGAUAAAAUCGAGGGCUUGGAAUUUCUCGCAAGGUACUGAAACCCUCUCGCUUGCCUUGAGCCGUUCAAUGCUAGAGAUGGAAUGGCCAGAAACAGCCUGACGGCAAGGAGUUCCAUAGAAGUAGAAAUGCAGAGGAUGUGAGGUAUUCUUUAAAAUUAGUAAUCUGUGGAUAGUCCACCAUAUAGCAAUUUCUAUUCGUCAGUUCUGUAUGUAGGUUGCAAAGAGGAGAGUUGCAAAAUUGGGUUGUAGAUAUGAGCACAACCUAACUGCGUCGGUAUAUAUGUAUAAAAAAGAAUGGCUAACAACCAACUGAAAGGAAUUUUCAGGGACGGACUGCCUUUCAGUCGACCAUUUUCUUAAUCCCAGUGCAUUAUAUUUUAAAUUGCUGGAUCAUUUACUGAAAAAUGUAUUCAAUGUUGAAUUGUUA